GAUCUUACCCGUCAUUGACUACCACUCUAGCUCUUCGGGCAAUCCUACCUGCAGGGCCUGCAGGCCCAAUGGGAAGCCUCAAGGAAGAGAGAUGGCUAUCGCCUAUGAAGGAAACCUUUCUGCUCCCGGCUUACACCUGCACAUCCUGUCAAAGGCCAUUGGUUUGUUAGAUGUAGAUGUGUAUGGUCCUUCAAUUCCAAAAAUGAUGAAUCUGAAAGGAAAUCCAGAAUUAUCACAAAACAACCUUAUGAGGCCUCUUUUGAAUUACGGUAUUGCAUGUAUGUCUAUGGGCUUCCUGGUUGAAGAAACUGCACCAGUAGUUUGGAGAGGCCUUAUGGUAAUGUCAGCCAUUGAGAAACUGUUGAGACAGGUAGAUUGGGGUCAACUGGACUAUUUAGUUGUUGACAUGCCACCAGGAACGGGAGAUGUACAGUUAUCAGUUUCACAGAAUAUUCCCAUUUCAGGUGCUGUGAUUGUCUCCACACCCCAAGACAUUGCAUUGAUGGAUGCACACAAAGGUGCUGAGAUGUUUCGAAAAGUCCAUGUGCCGGUUCUUGGUCUUGUCCAAAACAUGAGUGUUUUCCAGUGUCCAAAGUGUAAACACAAAACUCAUAUUUUUGGUGCUGAUGGUGCAAAGAAGCUAGCACAGACCCUUGAUCUUGAUGUUCUGGGAGAGAUCCCCUUAUACCCCAGUAUAAGGGAGACUUCAGAUACAGGCCAGCCAGUUGUGUUUUCACAGCCUGAAAGUGAUGAGGCUAAAGCCUACCUGAGGAUUGCUGUAGAAGUGGUCAGAAGAUUGCCACCGCCUCCAGAAUGAUUCCCUGUGUGCCCUGGAAAUUGUCCUCGUAUUUGAUCAGAAAGAGACCUUUGGAAACAAGCACUGUGGUGGUAGAACCUUAAGAAAUAAUAGCAAUCAUGAUUGUUUUAUUUCUAAGGAAAUAAUAUCUUAUUGUACAUUUGAUUUGCUAAGCUAUGACCCACAGCUAAAAUUUUCAUGUAUCAAUGCUAAUUGCUAUAUAUUUAGGAUUUUUUUUUUUUUUUUGGUGUCAACUGCACCAAACUGCUUUUUGUUUUAUUGAACUACCUCUUGAGGAAUCAUGGGUUUAUGAUGUUAUAAUCCCAACAUGAGAGAGAACUACACUCUUCAGGAUAGCAGAGUUAAUCAUUUAAAGGAUAUACUAAAUUUGUACAUGGACACAAAUGUAAUGCCUCCCCUCCAAGAAAUUUGGUCUGCAUUUAAAUACUGUCUAUAUAGUAUUUAUCUUGGACAUAUUUUUAAUAAAGUUGAGCCUCUGCUUCCAUCAAGACCAGACUCUUACCCCAUACUUAACGAAUCUGCAUCCCCAGGAAUAGGGCCUAUGUAUUAUGAAAAUUUGAAUUUGUCAUGGCAGUAAUAGAAAUAAAUAAAUAAUAUUUAUCAAGUGCUUUCUAUGUGUCCUCACAUUCUUCCAUUCAUAUGAGUGGAAUACUAUUCAUUUUACAAAUGAAGACACUUAGGUAUAGGAAGGUUAAGUGUCUUGCCAAGGGUUACUAUUUCUAGCUAGUGAUGAAUCUGGGAUGUGAACUUGGGUAGCUGGCUACUGAAUUCCUCCUUUUGUACAUCAGUGUGCAUUUGUUAAUUUCAAGAGUAAUAUAUUCUUCAAUGUGGCCAUGAACCCCCCUCCACCACUACCUUUUAGGAACUUUUCAGGAGUUCAUGUUUCAAAUAAUAUGCUUUGAAAAACAUUUAUCUUAUCUAGUUAAGGCUCAGUCAAGGACUUUGCAAGGUCAGGUAAGAGAUAGUUGUAAAACUGCAAGUAAGGAUAAGAAUGAGUCAUUAUUUAAUUGUCAGUUAUAAGGAAGUGGUCUAGGAUAUUUGGCAAAUGCUUUGAUGUCCUUUGUUCUGUGGUUAUCAGCCAGAAAGUUAGGAAAAGAGUUGCAUAUCAUUAUAAACACAUUUUCAGGCAACACCCUGUAUUGCUAUUUAUAGCCACUUUAUGUGUAAGAGCCAAAAAUAACCCAAAAUUUCUUGAAUGGGUGAAUGGAUAAGCAAACAGUGGUACAUGUAUACCUUAAAAUAUGACUCCACAGUUAAAAAUGAACAAACUAUGGAUAUGUGCAAUAUCUUGGGUGAAUUCCAGAUAAUUAUGCAUGGUGAAAAACUCAAUCCCUUUCAACAUUCUUAAAACAACAAGAUUAUAGAAAUGGAAAACAGAUUACUGGCAACCAUGUUAUAGAGGGAAGGGGACAGAGGGAAUUGAAUGUGGCUAUAAAAGGGCAAUAGGAGAGAUCUGUGUGAUGAUGGAGAUAUUCUCUAUUGUGAUUCUUUGAUGUCAGUACCUUGCUUGUGAUAUUGAACUACAGUUUUACAAGAUAUUACUAUUGGGCGAAAUCAGAUUAAGGACAAAUGGAAUCUAUAUUGUUUCUUGCAACUGUAUAUAAAUUACAAUAUGUCUAAAUAAAAAUAAAAGUCCAGUUAAAAGGAA